AUGGUAUUUAAAUUUACAAUUGAUAACUGGACAAAUAAAUUUACACCCAAGAAUCAGCUUCACAGAUUUCCAAAACCGUUGGUAAGAUUUUUGGGGUAUCACGAACCAAAAGCGCAACCUGACUAUUUCAUAUGGUUAGAGAUCUUAAUAAGCUCAUUUUUAGGAAUUCUUACAUUAGAAGGGAUGUUUAGAUCCCCUAACGUGUUUAAGAAUCACAAUGGACCAAUAAUCAUUGCUUCUUAUGGAGCCUCGGCAAUUCUUUGCUUCAAUGCAUCUCAAGCACCCUUAGCUCAACCAAGAAGUGUCAUAUUAGGUCAUUUCUCCAGUGCUUUGAUUGGAACUUGUCUAGAGAAAUUAUUCAGUCUUUCUGAAGGGGGUAGAAAUCAUUAUUAUCUCGGUGGAGCAUUGAGUGUGGGUGUUAGUUCGGUGGUGAUGUCUAUCUUGAAUGUUGUUCAUCCUCCUGCGGGUGCAAGUGCAUUAUUACCGUUCAUCGAUGAUGAGAUUCGAAGUAUGAGUUGGUGGAUUCUUCCCAUGCAUUUAGUCAGUAGUGUAGUCAUUGUGGGAGUUGCAUGUAUCACCGGUAAUGUCAUAAGGAAAUAUCCUGUUUAUUGGUGGACCCCUUAUAAAAAACCAACAGAACCUCCAGUAGAAUCAAAAUCUCAAUCUCCAACACCCGAGAAACCUCCUACUAACAAUAGCUCAGAAGAGGAGAAAGAUGUUUCAACAACCAAUCUGAAACCAUCACUUUUUAUUAAUGAAAAAGAAUUGAUCAUUCCUCCAGAAUUGAUAUUGGAUGAAGUUGAGUUAGAUUUCCUUCAGUCCAUUCAAUUGAAAAUAUCUGAAUUGCAUAGUUCCCCUGUUUAA